AUGGCCACCAAGCGCAAGCUGCACAACACAGACAUACAUGAUGCUGAACGCCAUGUCGAAAGGAGCAAUAGUUUGGAGUACAAUGCCUAUGCGCCCUGGUUGCAGGACUCCAGGCAGUCGCGCGAAUGGCGGACAUUGGGGGAUCAUGCCGUACGGUCUUCUAUGCCGCUCGCAAAUAUGGUCUCCGCCGUUCGAGAGCUCAUCGACCCGGAUUUCGACCCUCUGAUUGCCAUUCUGGACGAGGAACCACGAUUCCUGAAGCCGCUUCCCCCUCGAAUAGCCCCUGAGGAUCUAGAAUUCUUGCGCUUUCGAGGGGCUCUGUCCAUUCCAGAGAGUGGACUGCGCAACGAACUUCUUCGGUGCUAUAUUAAAUGGGUCCAUAGUUUUAUGCCGGUGUUGAACCUGCAGGAAUUUCUACGCUGCAUUGCGGAGAAUGACCUCAACGGCAAUAUCAGUCUCCUGUUAUUCCAGGCAGUGAUGUUUGUGGCGACGGCUUUUGUAGAUCUGAAACACUUGCAGGCUGCUGGAUAUACAACGAGGAAGAGUGCGCGCAGCGCGUUCUACACGAAAUUGAGACUCUUAUAUUCGUUUGACUGCGAGGAAGAUCGAAUAGCCAUUGUCCAGACCCUCCUUUUAAUGACGUACUGGUCGGACCAUGUGAACCACCCCAAACGAGACAUCUGGGACUGGAUUGGUGUUUGCAAUACGCAGGCUCAAUCCAUAGGAUUAAAUCGAGAUCCUGGUCCAUCAUCUCACAUGGAUCCGAAAACCAAAAGACUAAGAGCACGCCUCUGGUGGUGCUUGUUUUGUCGAGAUCGUCUCAUUGCCAUGGGUCUGCGACGUCCCACCCAGGUCAACGAAGGGACGAGCAAUGUACCCAUACCGAAACUGGAGGACUUUGACUUGGAACCAUUCCAUCCGGCUGCUAUCGAACUGUUCAGUUGCCGUCAGUUAGAGGAUGUCUCCCAUCAGAAGCGCCUCGCUACCAUGUUCAUUGAAAAAAUGAAACUUUGCCAGUGUAUUGGCCGUGUGCUCUUUGCCCAGUAUUCGCCCUCGCAAUGUCUUUUUGGGACGACCAACCGAACCACAAUCACUUUGGUCCCAAGGCAGGCCUCGGAAUCCGAGCUGGCCCGGUGUAGCCAACGACUUGACUCAUGGGUUAGCUCCCUACCAAAAGAUGCACAGUUCAUCCCCGCAUCCAAGAAUAACUUUCAGGAUGGAGAGGAUGUUUUACUUCUCCAUGGUGCUAUGCUAAGAAUGCUGUAUCAUGCCACCAUCAGCGCCCUGCAUCGGCCAUGGGCGCUUAGGUCCGACACAGACCGAACCAAGUCACGCAUCGAGUUGGCCGACAGAGCAAGAUCUAAGAUGCAGGAUGCCGCAGUUGGGAUUACCCAUAUCAUCCAGGGACUUAACCGGUUGGACCUUACCCGGUUUCUCCCCCAAUCUGGCGUGACGGUGAUCAUACCAGCGGCUGUAGCGCACCUGGCAAAUUCCUUGUCUAGGAACCCUACCGUUCGCGAAGCCAGCAUUUACAACUUCCAGCGAUGCAUCCAGGUUCUCCAGGGUCUGAAGGAUAUCUAUCCCGCGGCGGACAUGGAGGUCGCCAAUAUCGAAGCGGCUGUCCGAAUUCAGGCCGAUAGCACCAGCACCUUCUUAAAGAUUAUGCAAUACACCUCGACAAAUACGAGCCAACAACAACCCGGAGAGUCAGUGUCGCGAAAGCUGAGCAGUACCUCAGCUGUCCAAAUUUUAUAUCCCUCAGAAGACCAAGGGUCCCCCCCCUGCGAAGAACAAACCCACCAACUCAACAGACAGCAGCAGCAGCAGCCUAAUUCCAGAUCCUCCAAACGUCCAUCCGAUGGACCCCAGUCCACGAAACCAAGUACAAUACCCUCAAGCACGCCUGUCAUAUCCUCUCCCGAGAAACAAAUGCAGCAGAAACCAGCCCCUUCUAACCGUGUCGAUGAUGACCUUACUUCCACUAUGAACCCUCUCUCCCUCCAUACCGUCAUAAACCCGUUCUUCAACGACUUAUUUGAUUUUAACGACCAGCUUGAUUACUCCUUAGCUGAUACGUCGACCUAUACGGGACUUGAGAUUAACUGGACCGAAGAGGUCCUGAGGGAUUGCGAGCUGAAUCAGAAUUACUCUAGUUCCGAUAUGGAGGAGUACAGCAGGGAUUUACUUUCGUUCUCUGACAGGCAAGAGCAGCGCUCACUUAGCCAUGCAAAUGGAAGUAUUACAGGGGAUCUGGAUACGGAUUUAGGACUGACUAAUUCUGAUGACGAGAUGUUCUGCUGA